UAAUUAAAAAAUUAUUUAAAAUAAUGUCUAAUCCUGGUGAAAAGGCUCCAAAUAUCAAAUACGCUGAAGGAAAAAUCGAUAAAGCCCAGCUGGAGUUUAUGAAAUUGAUUGAACAACAGAAUUUGGAACGGGUACAGAAACUAAAACGUGUUAGACGUAAUAAUUUGUUAACAGCCGGCUCCCUGAUAUUCUCUGUUGUGGGCAUAUAUGCCUAUUCCAUUUAUUCGGUGAAACAAGAGAAAUUUUUGGACGACUUUGAAGAGCCGAAAAAAGUCAACACCAAUUAA